AUGACUUUAUGGGACGCUACACAUCUUCUUAUUUGCAAAAUUCAUCAGCUGAAAGAUCUUUUUCGAAAAGUAUUUGAUACUGACGAUCCAAUUUUGCGAAAACAACGUUUAAUAUAUUGCAUUCGUUACCACCAAGAAAUUAUAGGAAUGGCCAAUAAAUUAAAUGAACUUAACAGGAAAGUAUUAGGCCAAAUGUCAUUUGUAGCGGCAAUUUCAAUGGGUUUUAUAGCUACUCAAAUAGUUGAGACUUUUUCUUUCGGUGCAGUUCUUCAUUUACUGGGAUUCUUUCUGUUAGUUCUUUUAACUUGCCUUAUUGGACAGGAAAUGCAAGACGAAACUUACAAUAUCCAAGAUUCCAUCAACGAAUCAAAAUGGGAUGAUGAUUUAAAUUUAGCUAAAGAUCUAAACAUAGUUUUAAUGCGUUGUCAAAAGCCACUUUAUCUCCAAUCGAGUCCUACGGGAAUUUUUAAUUACCAGCAACUUAUACUUGUGAGUUCGGCAAAAUGGCAUAGUUGACCUCCACAGUAAACGAUGUUUGCUUUUUG